UUUACUAAGUCUCAUGUUUUCUCUUUUGUUCAUCCAUAAACAUAAAAUAUGAAAACACAAGUCUUUCACAAAACUCUGUCCAUAAGUAAGGCUAGUACUUUCAACUUCAGCCUCUGUAGUCGGUACAGUAUUGAAAUACUUGCACACCCCUUGGGAAGUCACAAUCCCUGAUGCUCCUUGGCCCCCGACCCCUCUCCUGAGACCACCCUGAACCCCAUACAGUGCAGAGCUAAUGCUGGCAUGGCAGGGGGUCUCCAGGACCCCACUCCACCCUGCUCUGUGUCUGUUGCUCCCACGCUACACCGCUUGUCCAAUAUUUUGAGUAUCACCUCUGCUUAUAACUUUUUAUAUAUUAGCAUCACAGGUGCUUUCUAAGAUUGAUUUCCUUUCUCAAAAUCAUUCCUUAAUAAACACCUAUUUUAUGAGCCAGUUCUAAUCAUAAUCAUGAAGAUAAUGCAGUGUGGGCAUAGAGCUGAGGGCAGGUUUGUGUCUAAGGGUGUAAAUGGUAACACUCUCCUUAGUGUAAGAACCCUUGGCCCUGAUAUUUUGUAAUCAGGUCUCAAUCGCGGACUUGCUUUUCUCUGUGUGUUGACAGCUGCAACCCCUGGGCUGCAACAUGAUUAAUGUUUCCAGUGAUGAGCACGGGAUCAUUCCAGACUCCCUCAGAGAAACACUUUCCAAAUGGAAACCGGAAGAUUCAAAGGACCCUGAGAAAAACACCCCCAAGUUUCUUUACACGGUCCCAAACUGCAACAACCCUGCUAGGAACUCCUUAACAGCUGAGCGCAAAAGGGAAAUCUAUGAGCUCGCAAGAAAAUAUGACUUCCUCAUCAUAGAAGAUGAUCCUUACUAUUUCCUGCAGUUCAACAAGCCCUGGACACCGACAUUUCUCUCCAUGGACGUGGAUGGGCGUGUCAUCUGAGCUGACUCUUUCUCCAAAGUCCUGUCCUCGGGGUAAGGCCCUGGCUCUGCCUUCAGGCUGCAGAUAAAGGUGACAGGGGCUGCCCCUCAGCAUGGUUAGUGCAGACAGUUCUCACUUAAGAUGCUUGUAUACACUCACCUUGACACAUCAGUUUCAUUGUUACUAUUAGUAACAGAGUUUUCUCCUAAUCCAUCCCUAGCAGUCAAAU